UCCCCUCUCCGGCUGUAUCUGGUGAGAUUACGCGAAAAAAAGGCGCGUGUGCAUAUUUCGAGCCUUGAUAACCCCGAGAGGCAGUGAUCUGCCAGCCAGUAUUGUCAGAGACACCAGACAGACCAGAUCGAGAGUUCAGCGGCACAGGAUGAGGAAGAUUGCAGUGAUUGGAGCGGGCGUGAAUGGCCUGAGUGCCGCCGUGCAGGUGGCGGAGCACUUUUACAGUGACACGCAAGUGGUGAUCGUGUCGGAGGAGAUCUCGCCAAACACGACGGGCGACGGGUCAGCCGGCCUGUGGCAACCUUAUCUCGUGAGCCUCGAUAAAAGCGUUCUAAAAUGGUCUGAAGAGACACAUCGAUUCUUCCACGAUCUGUGGAGAAACGGACUCGCCCAGGAGACUGGCGUGUGUCUGCAGCCCAUGAUCCGCGUGGUGAGCAAUGCCACAGACUACGAAAUACCCGCGUGGUCACACAUUCCCUUCGGCUGCACCACCCUGUCCGAGGAUCAGCUCAAGCUGCUCAGCCAGGAGCACAAGAAGAACUACACGGGCGGCAUUCACUUUGUCUCCUUCACGUGUGAGCCCACCAAAUUGCUGCCCUACCUGCUCAAGAGAUUCCUCAACGCCGGCGGUCGGUGUGAGCGGAAACGCGUGCAUUCCUUCGACGACCUGGCGCGCGAAGAGUACGACCUGAUCAUCAACUGCACCGGCCUGGGCGCCCAGAAGCUGGCCAACGAUUCCGCCGUGUAUCCAGUGCGCGGCCAAGUGACGCGCGUCGAGGCGCCGUGGCUCUUCUCCACCUACGUGGACGACGCCGACGAUGGCAACUACAUCAUCGUGAACUCCGACACCACCGUGCUGGGCGGGACGCAUCAGGAGCACGACUACAACACGCAAGUGUCCAAGGAGGACGACAAAUUCAUCCAGGAGGGCUGCGAAGCCAUCGAGCCGUCGCUGAGGGACGCCAAAGUGGUGAAGAAGUGGGUGGGAUUGCGACCAGCGCGCGACAACAUUCGCCUGGAGAAGGUUCUCUUCAUCACCAACGACGGCCGGAAAGUUCCCAUCAUCCACAAUUACGGCCACGGCGGCAGCGGCGUCUGUCUGUCGUGGGGCUGCGGCAAAGCCGUCCUACAGCUCGUCGAGGACACCUUCCGCGAGGAUCUGAAGAGCAAACUCUAGCAUUUCACACAUUACCGUUCUUUUUUAAUUCCAUAGAGCCAUGAAUAAAUGCUUCACUCCAGACAA